AUGCAGACACCGAUGCUGAUCUUCUGCUGCAAUAUUGCUCUUGUCAUUUUCUCAAUCGCCGGGUUAUGUCUGACAUCUUCGAUAUUCGACUUCAUUGUAGUUUCCAAACUUUAUUACACAGUUCCUGAUCAUAAAGUUCUCAUCAACCCUCGUCUGGCAUUCUGGCUCUUCCCAUCAUCCUCUGCAUCCCUCCUGAUUUCUUUUUCUUCCCUGAUCUUCCUCUCAGCCGGACAACGAAUUCACAAGUUUGCAGUUGAUAAUCAAAUGGUUCUUUCAUUCUUCCACGCUGCAAUAAUGUGCUUCGCAUGUAUUCUCUCAUCCUAUGUCAGUUUUAUCUGCGCUCAAAACGCAAACGAUAUUUCUGGAUAUGCCGUAUUUGCAACUCCCGCUCAGUUUCAGCUGGCCUCUGCCUGGUAUUUCAUCCGACUGCGAGCUCUUGUGGUCGUCUCAAUCGUUCAAAGUCUUUUGAACGGAAUCAUUGUGUCUGCACUGUAUUUGGGAAUCAAUUGCAAAUACCGUACAUUUGUGCAAUUGUCAGAGAAGGCAACUCAUCCGGAUAUCGUCGAGAGAACUACGUAUUUUGCUUAA